AUUUCAAGGGAAGAUAAUUCGUUGUCAAUCUCAUUUUUCCGCCCGGCUGUGUGAGCGUUUCAAGUCCGCAAGUGAUAUACAUACCUGCAAAGAAGGCGUUGAAUUUCGCGGUAAGUAUCACAUAAAAAUUCUUAUUUUCUUUUAUUUAGAAAAAAUCAGUUUGGGGAUAUGUUUUGAGUAAGAUCACUUGAUGUGCAUAAACAUCCAUGUCGCCAAAGAAUCGAAACGAGCUCAGGUCUUUGUUUGAAGUUAGUAAAACAUGCCCGGAUACAUGAAUCAUGUAUGUCUUUAUUGGCAGCUGCAAUUGAUUGUGUUAAUUGCAAUACUACGAGAAAGAAAGCUGAGAUGUAGACAGAUUGCUUGUCUGUGAAAUUUGCUAUCUGUAGUCCAUCGAUCAGCAUUCCCUAUUGAGGAAUGAAAUAUACGAAGGCAGAUCUUUCAGUUGUUUGUCACAACAGCUUGCGGUAUUACUUUUGUCACACAAUGACCAGAUAAACAACAGACUUCUCGUUGCAAGGUGCGUUUCUGAAUCGAUUUAGCCGGUUACGUUAGGAAAGAGAAUUACUCCAGCGACUUUGUCAUUAAAUCAGAAGCAUAACGUCUUGAAAGCAUUUAGAGCGCUUUUAGCGUGGGCAUGAUUCUCGACGCUGGCACACACCCUGAAGAUGUUUGUUGUGGUUAACUAUUGUUUCUGAUACACGUGCAUGACAUGUUAAAUUCGCUUUACGGCGAUGUAUAUUGUUUGUUUCUGCGAAUGAGUACGAUAUAUUUUUCAAGCCGGUGUCAUCCGAAAAAAUUCAGAUACAGCUUGGGUAGUUUUCCGCAGUCGAGUGGUUUCGAUGCGAAAGUGAAUGUUAAUAUUUUAUCGAUUUUAUUUUUGGAUCGCUCGCAAGAUGUCGAUCGACUGAUGCCGUUCUCUGCGUUAUGGCUUUCCCUUCUUAUUUAUAAUUGAUUUUACUCAAGCUGUUUUUAUUUAAACGAGACAUCUUAUCAUAUUCGUAAUAUAGCUUAAUGAAGGGUGAAGACCAAAGCAAUAUCGCAUAUUCAACUGGAUUUCAAUAUCACGUUUACAAGCUUCAACGCCUUUCAAAUUCCAUUUUUAUCCUUGUAAUUGUCAUUUGCGGACAAAUGAAUGACAGAUGGAAGCCAUAGUAUAUUUUCAUGAUAAAUUUGUAAGCUGCAAUUAUUAUUGUAGUGAUUUGUGUUUUGUGUUUGGGUCUGUCGUGAUUUGUCUUUGGAAAGAAUACCCCUCACGACAGUGUGUUUACAUUGUUGAUUUCAAACUUUCUGUGACCGUCCCAUGCGAUGAAUAAAUUCAUUUAAGAGUAGAUGGGCGGUUUUGGGCUGACAUUCAUUUACCAGAAAUGAAAGCCAAAAAAAAUGUUAGUUCCAUCAAGAAAAACAAAAUUGCAUUCACAACAUAACAGUGUGAGAAAAAAAGAUGCCUAGAUUGUGGAAUAUCCACCCCAGUAUUUGUUGUGUCUUCUAAUCCCACAAACAUCCAAACAUACCCAAAACACAAAAUAGUCUUCAUUCUCAGAAUUGGCUGUAGCAUUUGAUGUGAAACACCCGUUUGAUUUUGUAGACAUCAGUUAUGGGACUUUAAAUUGCAAUUGUGGGGAUAUUAAACUGUGUGAUUUUGUAAACAACAGCUAUUCAUGAUUUCAGGCCAUGCUAACAGCUAUUUUAACCCUCAAAACCCUGAGGGUGAUUUAUAUCUAAUUUCUCCUCACAAAAUCACUGCUGCAUCAAACAUCAAGGUCAUGGGAAUGAAGGAUAUGAUCAUUAGCUAAAGAAGGUUUUGAUUGUUGAGAAAAUUCUCCUUACCAAUAUCAUAAGGAAUUUUUGGAGAACAGUAUGGAGAAAAUGCAUCCUGAUGUUGGGGUGUAUAUGGUUAAACACAAACAGAAAUUCAUACAGAAUGAGUGAAAGGAUAGAGACAGUACUAGCCCUAAUUUUUAACACUUGGACAAGUUCAUAUGACUGUGGACAUAAGAUAUGUGCCAGCUACAGAGUGGAAUAUGUUGUCUGUAGCUGUUAAAAAAAUGCAGUUAUACCCAGGGGUUCAAAUGAAUGACAGUCUGCGGACCCAUUCUGAUCUUUAAAAGGCUUCACAAUACUUCUCACUAGAGUAUGUUGACCCUUUUUAAAACCCCCAAGGUGACCAUCAUCUAAAAUCUCCUCACAAAUUAUGACCCCUGAAUCAAAUUAAAAAGCGAUUAUCAACUAAAAAAGCUCUUGAUUGUAAAACGAAGUCUUCUAGUUAGCACCUUGAGCAGUGCAUAAAGAACAGUUUAGAGAAUAUGUAUACUGAUGUUCUGGUGAAAAGAUUAAGAUUUUAUUGGUAAGACUUACAGGUCUCUCUUUGUGGUUACAGCUGUUUAUUCUUACACUGAUAAUUAAUCACAAGAGACUUUAGGACACUACUGGUUAAUUUUAAGUAAAAAAAAUAAUCCAUCUAUAGCCUUGCCUAAAAAAAAAAAGAAAAGGAAAAAAAUUCAGGAUGAGAGAAAUUUCUAGCCUCUCUCUUCCCAUGCCUACACACAUUCUUACCAAACCAUAUGGCUAUUUGGCUGUUUGUAAUAUGUCAAAAUACUCUAAUCAUACAUGUUCCAAGUUCUGAAUUAAAAGUUAACGACUCUUAAAUUUGACAGUAAACAGUUUGAAGAAUUUUAAAUUUGAAUCAAUUCAAGAUUUGAUGAUUUGAAAUCUCAUGUAUUUUUGAUAGUUGAGAAAUGGUUAUAUGAGCUGAUUAUUGAUGUUGGCAGGAAUAUUCUUCAAUUUUGUAUCUGCUUUUUUUUUUCUAAUGUCAUAAAUGAUUCACUUGCCUGUUUUUUACUUUCUUUCCUUUCAUGCAGGUGACUUCUGUUAUAGCUCAUAAAAUAUUUAUCACCCUAAAAUUAAAUAUUCCUGUUUUCUGUUAAUUUUUCCUUUUAAAUGUGUAAAGAUUAUUACUUAUGACCAAUAAAAAGCUUUGUGGGCACCAUUAUCAGUAAUGUUUUUCCAUUUGUAUACAAAAUUCUUGUCUAGAAGAUUAAGCAGGAAAUAUUUUAGCAUUUCUUUUAUUUCUCCAGACUUCUAUCAGAUUCAUUUUUACUGGCAAACUCAAACAAUCUCAGUUUAAUUUGUGUGUCUGAAAUUCAACUUUGUGUCCAUUUUGUGCAUAAUAUUUUAGGUGAAUAUUUUACUCAAUUUCUUCUAUUUGCAUUUACAUUUGUUCAUUCAUGUAGUUUUAUUGUUUGGUCUGUCGUAUAGCUGCACAACACAUAUCUCCCCACACUUUUGUUAUUUGUUACUGACUUUUUGGUUGAUAUAUUGAUCUGCAGACUUGUUGUGAUGUUCAUUUUUGCCUGGCAGUUCACUUCUUGUAAGAAAUUUUGAUUUAUUUUUAUGAAUGAGGCAACAUUUUGGUGAUAGAAAACAUGGUUUUAUUUUUCAGAUAAUGGAGAAUGGUACUAAGGAAAAAGAGGAGCUCGGGGCUGCUUAUCUUCAAGAAAAUUUUGAUGUUGGUGGCACUGCUGAUGAGGUUCAGUGUAUAUUUUUUCCACUUAUUUUUAUGUCUUUUUUUGUCCUGUAUUUCCAGACUAACAAAUGUCAGGCAUGUUCAAUAAAUUAAAUGGACCUAUUCUGAGCAGUUGGCAGUAUGCAUUAGGUUUGAAUUUAUUUCCAGCCAGUGGAAAUCAAGUUGUCUGAUCAAACUAUAUUUUGAACAAAUAUCCGUUACAUCACAUCUCAGUUACCAAACAGAACAGACAAAACUUACAUUUUAGCGAAGGUUAUCCAUUCACUAGCAGUCAUUUUGAACCCUGAGAAUUGUUGUAAUAAGAAAAUAAAGUAAGAGGGAAAAAAGUGUACCAUAUGCAAAGGCUUCAUGUUAGCCUUAAACUCCCAUGAGUGACCAAGACGGAAUUUCUCACAACAUUUCUCCUUACAAUAUUAAGCAGACAAGUGAUGAGAAUAAAGAAAAAUAGCAUCAGGGGCUUCACUUUGCUGCAUGCAGCUGGGAACACACUUAAAAAGUGCUCCUGAUACAACCCUUGAGAUUUUUUUUUGUUUUUUUUUUUUUGGGGGGGGAUGUUCUUGGAACUCUACAAGAUGUUUUCUAAAGGGCUCAGAAUAUCUCUAAACAUUUUCACAGAUAUGAUUGUGUCACCUUAAAAUAUUGUUAAACUACUAAGAUAAAACAUCUUUUGCGUUUGACUUAACUCUUUCACUCUCAGGAUUGAUAAAAGCAUUAUUUCUAGCUACAAUGUAAGUAAUUGUAGAGCAUAGAAGGAACACAUAAAAUGUCAUUGUGGUAGUAUUUUUUUUUAAUUUAAUGCUCAAUUCUUAGAAAAAGGCUAUGAGACUUUAAUAUUCAGCAGACAGGGAGAAUAAUUUUUGUUGAGAUUUGGGAAGCAAAUGGGUUAACGCCUAAAAUCCCAAGAUCCGAUUGUUAAUUCUCUCCUCUAGCUGCUACAUAUUUCCUUGUAAAUUAAUUUCAAGAAUUUGGUGCUAGAGUAAGAGAACAGCUUCUACCUGAUAAGUUUGAAUGUUCUCAUUACCUGUUUGCUGGAUAAUGUAUGGAUAUUAUAGGGAGAAGUUACUUGUUAAUCACUUCUGGGAGUCAAAGGGUUAAAAGGUUGAUGAUAAAGAGGAUGAUGACAGUGAUGUUGAAUUGUUUUAUUUUUCUUUCCUUUAGUAUGGGAAGGCAGAUGACGACAAAGCUGUAACCACACCUUUGGUGAAACAUGCUCCUGAAAAAGAAAAAAAGGGCAAGAAGGACAAGGACAAGGAUAAGCUUGAAGAUCUCAAACAAGAACUGGAAAUGGUAGCAUAAAAAAAAUGAUUUAAAAAAAUUGAUUUUUUUCAAUGGUGACUAGUAGCCUGCCAGCAUGUUCUUGUUACAGAGCUUAAGAUCUGACUACCGUUACCACUACGACUACAAGUUUUGGCUGGGAGUAGAGUGGCACUUGUCCCUCAUAGUCGUCAUCAGUUCAGGGCUCGAACUUAACUUUUUUGUCUACUAGCAAAGUUUUGCUAGUAAGAUUUUUUUUACUAGCAAAAGAAGGAACCUAACUAGCAAAUGUUUGCUAGAGGAUAUUUUUUAGACUCGCAACUUCGAAAAACCACUCGCAUUUUCGCGAGUUUGCAAGUGCUAAUUUCGAGCCCUGCAGUUGUGACAAAUUUGUAACUUUAGAUACGAUCAUGAUGUUACGCACAAGAACGUAGCUUUUUCUGCAUCAGGAGAACACUUCACAGAUAGAUGUCAGGCCUUACUGAAUAUACUUUCUUUGCAAUUCUCUGUCGUUGUUGUUUUUUUUCCUUUUUUCUUUUUUUUGGUAUUCCUGAAAAAGUUUUAUCUGAAAAUAGAAGAAUUUUGACUCACCUUUCAACUCAUAGUCCAACUACAAGAUUUCCAGUAAAACUCUUAGUGAUGGGGUGGCUACAAAAUUAUUCAGAGUUUGCAUGACCUGUCACCUUGUGAAGAAGGUGCACUACUCUUAGCAAGGCAAAUUCAUAGUUGUAGUUGUUCUCAUUGUCAGAUCUUAAGUUUUCUAUCAGCUCGGCAAGAGAUUUGUUUCUCUGCUCGUGGAAUUAUUUGAGAUGAGUCGCAAACAGGUUUGUUUGGGGUCUGGCAGUAUUAAUUAUCACUUCUACAAGUAGAACCCUUACCAACCUCUGGCCAGCUCAUAUGGCACAAGGCUGUAGCAAGGAAAUGCUGUGCAGAAGCACUAUGACGAGGGCCUGCUUGUAUGCUAUGGUGAUGGUGAAUAACUGCCAUAGAAUUGUGUAAUACUUAUCAAAGUUUCAGUCUAUCAUUUGAUGAUAAUUUUUUUUUUUCAUUUUUGAAGGAUGAGCACAAGAUACCACUUGAGGAUCUUGAAGCCAGGUUCAGCACUGAUGUGCAAAAGGUAAGAGUUAUCUACUAUGGAUCACUCCAACUAGUGAGAAAGAUAACCCUUUCACCCUUUAACUCUUAGAUCAAAUUUGUAAUUCUCCUUACUGUCAAUCAUACAAUUCUUAUAAUGAUAGUGCAAAGAAUUUAGUAUUGGAUCAACUAAUUAUCCCCAAAUUGAUAUUUUUCUUUAUUCUCAUCACUUAUCUGCUUGAUAUUGUAUUGAUAUUGUAAAGAGAAAUUCUGUCUUAGUCACUCAUGGGAGGUAAAGGGUUAACAUCAGUAUGCAUAUUCUCCAUACUGAGCACCAUACAUUCUUUCAGGUACUGACAAGGAGAAUUUAAUCAACAAUCAGGAGUUUCUUUAGUUUCUUUAAAAUCAUUUCCUUUAUUCAAAAUUUUAUAUCCUUAAUGUGUGAUUCAGGGGUGAUAUUACGAGGAGGAUAUGGAUGCUAGUCAUUCCUUGCAGGAUUUUCUUUAAGGUUUUAAGUAGCUGGAGCUUUUUUAAACAUAAACGGUUGUGGGUCUCGAAAUCCAAUAUGGCAGACAAAACAUCAUAUCAUUCGUACUUUCCUGCCACUGCAGCAAGAUUUGUCAAAAAGACAGUCCCCAUCAGAACAUCUUUAAACUAACCUCUAACUGUUUUCAGAAAAGAUAGGCAAUGCAAAUUUAUAUUUUUAUUGAGCCCAAGUUUGGACGUUAUAAACAUCAUCUCUGUAUGGGCUCUUGAAGCAAUGGAAGAAGCCGGCGAAACCUUGCAGAGAAGCCGGCGUACUUUGCUGGCUGUUGGCUCUUAUCUACAACCCUUUCCUUGGGGUCAAGGGAUUAAAUUCAGGCUAUUUCUUACUGGUGAUACUAUAAACAGUUCAUGUGAACCCUUCCACACCCAGGGGUGACCCAAAGGGAUGUUCUCCCGAGAAUGUUAGUACAUUAUAAUUUCAAAAAGUGAGGAGACACAAGGAAAGAUGUCAACAAAGGGAUGGUGUUCCAAUCAACAACAAUUUCUCUGAGUUAUAAUUAUACAAAUUGCAUUGUGGACAGUGCGCAAAACUGAGUUUGAGAUCUUUGAGUUAAAAAUUGUAGAGAUGCUUAACCGUUUCACUCCCAGAAGUGAUUAACAUGUAACUUCUCCCAUUUUAUAUCCACAUGUUAUCCAGCAAACAGUUAAUGAGUAUGCUCAAACUGAUCAGACAAAAGUUGUCAUCUUGAUCUAAUACCAAGUUCUCAUACUAAUUUACAAGUUAAUGUGUAGGAACUAGAGAGGAGACUUAACAAUCAGAUCUUAGGAGUUAAAAGGUUAAAGUACAAUGUAGGUAAUGCUAUUAUGGAUGAGGCAAAGCAUACAGACUCAAAUGCAUUGUCAUGUUUUGAAAUUUACACAAGUAUUAGCUGUAACAAAAGUUUUAUAAUAAUGUUCCCUAAAGGGUCUCACGCAAGAGAAGGCUAAUGAAAUCUUCGAGCGGGAUGGACCUAAUGCUCUGACUCCACCACCAACAACUCCUGAAUGGGUGAAAUUCUGCAAACAGCUGUUCAGUGGCUUUGCCAUGCUCUUAUGGAUUGGUGCCUUUCUUUGUUUCAUUACUUUCGCCAUCAAAGCAUCCACAAUGGAAGAACCAGAUAAAGAUGAUGUAAGUAAUAUUAAUAAUAGUAAUGAAUAUUACAUGCUUAAUGUAUGGCCUUGAGAGAAACAGUUUGUUUUGUUUUCCCGAAAGUCCUGAUGUUUUUGGAGACGAAGUUGAGGGAAACAGUAGGACUUGAGGGAAAACAAAACUAAUUAGUUUCCCUCGGGACCAUACAUUAUGUGCUGUGUUAUCUAUUUAGACUUUCCUUUAAACAAUCAUAUGGCAAAAACAGACAAAAAAAGAGGGCACAACUUCUUUAUUCACAUGCGCUUGGGCAACAACUGCACAGUUGUAUCCUGGUCGGGAUACAUUCGAAUUUGAUCACGGGCAUAUGACCAAGAAUCAACCAAUUACAGUGAUCAUUUUGUUGAGUGAAAGUCUAGUUAUAUAACAAUGGAGAGUGACCUGGUGCUGUUUGCAAACUUGUAUGAGCUGACAUGAAUGAUCUGUGUUGGUGGCUCAUGUCCUAGGCAUUUUGCUAGUGAUGCUUACUUCUUUGCCAUGGGAUCUAACUUACAUGCAGGUCAGGCUAUCACAGAUAUGGACCAAUAGGAUCUUUAAUUCAGUACAAAGCCUGUUUUUCACUGGAUCUUUAAUUCAAGACAAAGACUGUUUUUUACUGGUAGUGUAAGCUGAUGAUUGCAUUCACAAACACAAGAUUAACAUCUGUUAUUUCAAGGUGAAAAUGGCCGCUACGCAACCUUAAAUGCAAGUAAAAGCACAAGGAUCAGAUCCUUUUCCUUGUUCUUGCUGUUUUGCUUGCUAAAGGUUGUUUCACAGUGAAAUAAGAGCUGUUAUUCUCAUGUUUGUGCUUGUAUUUGUGCAUGCACUCAUACUAAGACCAGACUUUUGUCUCAAAUCAAAUAUGCGACCUUUAAGUCCUUAGUUGUGAUAGCCUGACCUUGAUAUAAGUUAAACCAGACCCCAAAGGAGUGAGAUGCAUUUGGUCACAGGCCAAUUUAUGCAAUUAAAUAUACAAAUGAUACAACAUGUAAUGUUUUUUAGACUUCAGUUCAGUCAAGUUGUACAAGUUCCUUUUUUUUUUUCUUUCAGCUUUACCUUGGAAUAGUUCUUGCCACAGUGGUUAUCAUAACUGGAUGUUUCUCCUACUAUCAGGUCAGUGUACCAGCUUUUAAUACUUUAAACAAAAUUCCUAACAUCAAGUGCAUAUAUAUAUUUUUUUGCAAUCCAAGUGGCUACAUGCAAAAUUUGCAUGUUGAAAAAGUUUAUGGUGAUUAUGGGUGCAUGUAGGCUCCAUAACUACACAUUCUCGUAGUUACUUAUUUUCUUUUGCUGAUUUCUUGAGUUAAGGAGGCCAAGAGUUCUAAGAUUAUGGAGAGUUUCAAGAAAAUGGUCCCACAGGUAAGAGAGUGAUCGAAAUUUUCAUAUGAUUGUAGUUAAGUUCUACCUGCAGAUUUGUGCCCAAGAAGUCUUGAAUUUAAGACUGAAGCACUAGGAAGUCUCAAAUUUCAAAUUUAACAAAACUUUAAACUGGCUCCUUUUAAAGAACAAUGAGGCAUUGGAAUGAUCAAAUUACUUGCCUCAUCAUUGUGGAUGUUGGAAUGUAAAACUAUUAUUUAUGGGGUAUGACAGAGUAAAUCAAAAUGUUAAUAGUUUGCAACUGUUAAAACUUGUAUUCUAUACCAGGUAUGUAGAAAGACGAAGGUUGGUCUGAGUUUGGUUAUCAAAUAAACUUUUUGUUUUUUUUUGUUAAGCAGAUAAUGGUAAUACCGGCAGCGCCGAGUGGAGUUCAAUUCGGUCUGUAAUCAUUCGAGUGAUUCUUGGGAGUCCGAUUUGUUAAUCAUGAGUAUGAUUACAGACAGAAUUGGAUGACACGAAAUCCUGUUGCCAAUUAAUCAAAACUGUGACAAAAUUUAAGAAAGAGACUAGACAUCUGUCAUAUCUUUUCACAAGGAAAAAACAACAGUUAACUCGGCGAAAUGCGAGACAACUGCACGCGCACGUGAAGCGUUCUGUCCACUUACACAGGCAUGACGUGUAAACUGUCCCUUUAUACUGUCCAAUUACAAGCAUGAUGCGUAAACUGUCCUAUUUAUGCUCAAAUCGAGCUGGUGAACGCCAAUCGCGUUCGAGAAUUCUAUCAUAGUUUUUGCUUAAGGUGCUUAUCAGUUACUAGUGUUGGACAUGGAAAAAAUCUGAGUUCCCACAAGGAAACAAACCCUAGACCUCCACAUUUCUUGGUAAAGUGGUCUGCAAUUGACCCCUUCUUUGUGGGGAACAAAGAAACUUUUUUCUUGCCGUUAACUCUGUGAACCUUUCAAGACAUGAUGUAAUAGUCCUUUUCUAAGAUGCAGAGUUCAUUGAAACAAAAUGUUUCAUUCACAGGAAGCUACUGUCCUCAGAGAUGGGGAAAAACAUAACAUAACCGCAGAAAAACUUGUUGUGGGGGAUGUUAUAUUUGUGAAAUUUGGAGACAGGGUACCAGCAGAUAUCCGAGUAAUUGAAGCACGAGGUUUUAAGGUACAUUCUUUUUUUGUAUGUAGUUUUCAUAACUUGGUUGCAUACAACUGUUUGCGGAAAGGUUGUCGAAAAAGUGCAGUGCACGCGACAACCACGAAAGGCAUUGUGGGUAGUUUUUAGGUCACGGUUCCUUGACAUCAGGAUCUCAAGGAAAUCUGAGAAAGCAUCACUGUAAAGAAGAGGUAUAGUGGGUUUGAUGAAUUUACUUUGUUCUCAAGAUUGACUUUUAAUUCUCAACCUGACAAGAAACAAAAAUAGGAAUGACUGAUCUUAAUAAACGACGAAAACGAUGUAAACUUAACGUUGAGUAACCUUUCGAGGUUUUCACGUGCACCAUGUCUUUUUUGUGACAGGCCCUCUGCAAACAGCUGUACGUUACCCUUUUCAUCCUUUACCAUCACUGACUAGAGUAGUGUUAAACCUUGACACCCUAACAUCAUUAUGCAUAUUCUGUAUACUGAUACUGCGCUCUAAACAUCUCCUACAAUGCUGACAAGGAUAACUUGUCAAAUAAUCAUGAGCUGUUUUAGUGGGUGAUCAGUUCCUUUAUUCUCCUGACCUUUCUGUUUGAUUCAGGGAUGAUAUGGUAAGGAGAAAUUAGACGCCAGUCACUCUUAGGGGUUAUAGGGUUAAUUAUAAUCAUUGUAAUCAUAGUUAUUGUUAUCCAUUGUUGUGAUCAGUAUCACUGUUGUCAUUGUCAUCGUUAUUAGGGUCGGGUUGUUCGGAAAGGUGUUAGCGUUUAUCUAGGUUUAAAAGUUAACCUUGGAUUUAAUUUCUCAGGUAGACGAGCGUGUGUAAGAGCUAAGGACGAGUUUCAUUUCAGUAUGACUCAAAACUAACAGAGGAAAAAUGCAAACGAAAAAAAUCCCUUUGCAGAGCUAUAAAAUUAAAUUAAAAGUUCCACACUAACUCCGGGCUAGUUAAAACGUGUUUUAAAGAACCUGGCCCAGAACCAUAUUUAUUAGUCUAUCGGACAGAUUCCAUGUUGCAGUGCGCUUGUUCAGUAAAAGAUCACAGAAGACGUCAUAAUGUGGUGAGAACAAAAAAAGCAGCACACAAGAGGCAGCCGAGUGUGUCACCGAUGUUCUCGCUACAUUUUGACUUCUUCUCUGAGUUAUUACUAAACAGACCCACGGUGACAUAGAGUGUAUCUGUUUUAUAGUAAAGAAGCAGAGAUUGUUGAUGGUGAUGUCAUAUAUGCAUCUGCCCUCCAAAAUAUCAUAAGUAUGAUGAAAGAACCAAUCAAAACUCGUAAAUAAUUCAGGUCAUUACAUAAAUUGUAAUAUUUACGAUCAUUUUUUUCUUUUCGUACCUCCAGGUUGACAACUCAUCUCUCACCGGUGAAUCAGAGCCCCAAGCGCGCACCCCAGAAUUCUCCCAUGACAAUCCCUUGGAGACAAAGAACUUGGCAUUUUUCUCGACAAAUGCUGUUGAAGGAACCUGUACUGGUAUUGUUGUUCAAACAGGCGACAACACUGUCAUGGGACGCAUCGCUAACUUAGCCAGUGGAUUAGGGUCAGGGAAAACACCCAUUGCUGUGGAGAUUGAACAUUUCAUUCACAUUAUCACAGGAGUUGCUGUAACCCUUGGAGUGACGUUCUUUAUUCUUUCACUGAUCCUUGGAUACCACUGGCUCACUGCCUGCAUCUUUUUAAUUGGUAUCAUCGUUGCCAACGUGCCUGAAGGUCUACUUGCAACUGUAACAGUUAGUAAUUUUCCAUGAAUAUUUUCCAUGUUUACGGUAUAAAUGACCUUUUUUCAAAGCAGCAUUCAUUUUAAAACUCAACUUACCUUUAGAAUCAAUAACACAUUUUCUGGCGUGUUAUGCAUCUAAUUAUGCUUAGACCUGUGGCAUGCAUGCAUAGUAUUUUUAACUUCUUCCAACAAGUUAUCUGAAAGAAUGCAAGUCUCUAGUCUUGAGUAGUCUGCUUUUGUUGGAAUUCAUCACGGAAGAAGGAAAACUUAGAGGGUUUGAUUGUAGGGGACCUCACGCCUGGCAAUGGCAAUUCAGAUAAUUUGGUGUUAUUACCUGAAUUGAUAAUGGACAUUUUCCACUGUAGAGAGUUUCUAAAGCUGACGUUUGGAACUGAGACAAGCUAGCACUCAAAUUGUCAGCUCUAAAAACUCUCUAUUAUGGCCAAUUUACAUUAUCCCCACCAAUGCAGCAUCACAGUUUUGUUACCCCCUUCAUUCACGAUAAAUUGGAGUUAAUUUGCAGUUUUCAAUCCCAAGGAAUUAUUGUUUUUUUAAGUAUGGGGUUCUCUUCCCUGAACUGGAUAAAAAAAUCAAGAUCUUGGUUAGUUUUCUGUACUAUUGAAUGCAUAUGACUGUGUGAAACAUUCAUAAUAGGCUUACAUUCUAAUUCAUCACUCAAGGUUUGUCUGACUCUCGCUGCUUAAUGAAUGGCAACCAAAAAUUGCUUAAAAAAUCAAGAUGUUGAUAAAUUUUCUAUGCUGUUGAAUGCAUACGACUGUGUGAAACAUUCGUAAUUGGCUUACACACUGAUUUAUCACUCAAGGUUUGUCUGACUUUCACUGCUAAGCGAACGGCAGCCAAAAACGGCUUAAAACAUCAAAAUGUUUAUUAAUUUUCUAUGCUGUUGAAUGCAUGACUAUUUAAAACAUUCGUAAUUAGCUUACACACCCUGAUUUAUUACUUAAGGUUUGUCUGACUCUCACUGCUAAACGAAUGGCAGCCAAAAACUGCUUGGUGAAGAACUUAGAGUCAGUUGAGACUUUGGGAAGUACAUCCACCAUUUGCUCAGACAAGACAGGAACUUUGACUCAGAACAGAAUGACUGUGGGUAAGUGUUGUACGAAUUGUACAUGUAUGUAAAAACUUCUUAACUGCACAAGAAAUUCACUCGUUACUGCAUAGAAGACAAAAGUUAGAGUGCGUGCCUGUAGCUUAUUAGGAUGGUCUGAAAGCUUCAUCUGCCUGAACUUAAUUUCUGUAACCCCUAUGAAGAAUUUUUCAACAUUGCUCGUAUGACAUGCACUUAGACAUCGAUAUCUGGCUUUACGGUAGCUUUCACAGCCCUCAGCUGCCUAAAAGCUCCUUAGACGGAGCUCUGCAGCUAAGGGAUGACUGAAUUGAUGACUGAGAAACAUAACUCUCCUUUUCUAUAACAUACUUACUCUGAAUUUCAAUGCUUCACUUUCAAUUGCAAUUUACAUGUAUGCUGUUGUCAGUCCUUAUCAUGAAAAAUAUUUUUAAAGGAAACCAAACAAAAUGGAGCGACGUCUUUUAUUUCAAACAGAGGAAUGUGAUCUUUGAACACACUUAAAUAUCGAUAAUGUACUAGUUUUCUGGGAGAUCUGUCCAUGUACUAGAUAUACAAAGACAUCGCUUUUUUAUUUUCUCUCUUUUUUAUUAUGUAGCUCACAUGUGGUUUGACGACAAAAUCUUUGAAGCUGAUACAACAGAAGAUCAGUCAGGAACUCCAAUGGAAAAGGUACACUUUUGAAAAAUCCAAGCUCUCGUUGGGAUAGUGCCAGUUUUUCUUCUAUAGUUGUUGUUGUUCUAUUAUUAUUAUUAUUAUUUUUUGUUUUUUUGUUUCUUUUGAUUAAACAAUGAUAUAAUCUUUAUUCAAUACUCAUAAAAAAGACCUAUGUACAGUGCUUCACUUAAAAAGAAUUAAAUUUGUACCUUAACAUCUGUUAGAAAGAAAAGAAAAAAUCAUAAUGUCUCAAUAUCUCUUGAACUAUAAUCCACGAAAAUGUUUCUCUACUAAUUAUUAUUACUAUUACUAUUAGCAAUCACUACCAAUAUUUAACAUCUUUUCACUAAUUCCUCUUUAAAAUCUGCCAACAACGAUAAAAACAUUAAAUAGUAGUAAUAAAUAAAAUGCAAUAUUCAAUAUCUUUUCUCUAAAUAAAAAUCUAGCGUCCUAAAAGUCCUGCUAAAAAUAUUAUUAUUAUCAUUAUUAUUAUUAUUAUUAUUAUUAUUAUUAUUAUUAUUAUUAUCAUUCACUGUCAUUAAUGUGAUCAUAGACUCCUGUUAUUCAUUAUGUUAUUAUAGACUUUUAGCGCUAAUUAUUUUAUCAUGGACCAUUAAGAUUGUUAUGUGAAAAUAGCUUUUAUGUAUACUAACUUCUAGUAUACAGUAAAUUCUUGAAUUAGUGUCACACCUUAAUCAAGUUCCAUUUGGAAUAGGUGUCCCUGGUACCAGCGAAAAUUAACGGAAAAAAAAUUGAUAGAUAAAAGAGCACUACUCUCUCCCAGGGAUUUCAGUAAGAGCCGAUUAUAGGCAGUCUGCCAUCUGCUCUCGUGUUCCCAUUUUAAUGUUGAAUGUAACAAAAGUAACAAUUUUACCUUCUGUUCUGACAGACAGAAACCUGGACUGCACUCGCUAGAGUGGCGGGUUUUUGUAAUCGUGCAGAGUUUUAGACAGGACAAGACGGUGUACCCGUACUCAAAAG